CGCACGCUCGGCGCUGCCGGGGCCGCUGCGGAGCCUCCGCGAGGGAGACGGGAGAGUCGGCGCCGCUGCUGCCGCCUGGGUGAGCUCGGGGAGCCCCGGGCGCUCGGCGGGAAGCCGAGCCUAGGCAUGGGCCUCAUCUUCGCCAAGCUCUGGAGCCUCUUCGGUAGCCAAGACUCUUCUGCUCUCUCAACUUUGUUAUGGAUUUUCUUCUUCUUUUGCCAAGAACGUGGUGGACUGGGAAGAUAUUCAUAAAUACAGCCUAAACUGAGUUUGAAUACCAGCCAGUGAAAGGGAGAAACUUGGGUUAGUCUAGCACAAAGUAAUCAUAGUGGGACUUGAUAAUGCUGGAAAGACUACUAUUCUUUACCAGUUCUUAAUGAAUGAAGUGGUUCAUACUUCUCCAACCAUAGGAAGCAAUGUAGAAGAAAUAGUGGUGAAAAACACUCAUUUCUUAAUGUGGGAUAUUGGAGGACAAGAAUCAUUACGGUCGUCAUGGAAUACCUAUUAUUCAAACACAGAGUUCAUCAUUCUCGUUGUUGACAGCAUUGAUAGAGAGCGACUUUCUAUUACAAAAGAAGAACUUUAUAGAAUGCUGGCUCAUGAGGAUUUACGGAAGGCUGCGGUUCUGAUCUUCGCGAACAAGCAGGACAUGAAAGGCUGCAUGACGGCUGCCGAGAUAUCCGCGUACCUCACCCUCAGCUCCAUCAAGGAUCACCCCUGGCACAUCCAGUCCUGCUGUGCUCUGACAGGAGAGGGAUUAUGCCAAGGCUUGGAGUGGAUGACCUCCCGUAUUGGAGUGACAAAGAGGUUCAGGAUCCCCAAAGCAGGGAUUCUUUCCAGACCUUUAAACACAGUGCACGCAGUAAGGUGAAGAGGACUUGGGCACAGCUGCUCAAAAUAUUUGUCAUCAAAAUAAAAUUGAGUUGUUCUGUGAAUUUGGA